AAGGGGGUGAAGGCCAGGGGCCCUCCUUUUGUUCACUUUCCUUAUUUUGUCUCUGUUAUCUUUUCUUUCCUCCAUGUGGUUUUAACACUUUCUCUCCACUCCACUCAAACCCACUUUGUUUAGUCAUGGGAUCUGAUCAGCAUCAGCUAGAGCAAAGCUCCACACCAAAGCUCUCACUUUUAUUUUCAACACCAGUUGGCAUGGAGUCACCUGAGAGACCUGGAAUGAUAACCCCACCACUGUACUCCUCAGCCUCUGUCCCAUUUCGUUGGGAAGAAGAGCCUGGUAAGCCUAAAACUUGCACCACUCUCACCACUUACUCAAACCCCAAGUGUUUAGAACUCCCACCUAGACUUUUAUUAAUGGAGCCCUCUCCCACUACAGUCCUUGAUGGUCCUUACAUGGGCAGGUCUAAGAUCCAGACUUAUUCGUUUAGGUUGAAUACUAGUGAGUGUUAUGGUUCCUUUCGUAGGAAUAGCUUCAGCCCUGAGAGAGAUCAGCAUGGUGCUAUUGUUAUUAGUAAGAAAGGGCAGAAAGAGAAAGGGUUUUUGGGUUCUUGGAGGAAGAAAGGUAAAAGAGACGUUGGUGGGGGUAGUUACGUCUUUCCAUCUUCUGUAGAUAGAGAGAGUGACUGCAGCAGAGAAGACGAAGGGAGAAAUGUUACCGGUAUCAGGAGGACAGGCAGCUUUUCUACUCUUUCAGCUCGUCGGUCUAACUUCUGGGCGACGAUAUGUGGUGGCUUGAAGCAAGUGGUGCCGUGGAAGAGUAGAAAAGUGAAGAAAGAUAGGCUUCUGGGAUGACUUUUCUUGGGACAACGUUCUUCCUAGUUAAUUAAUUACUUGUACUACAAUUGUGUGAUUUUGUGAUAAUUAUCUUGGUGAAUGAAAAUGACUUUGAAAUGUAAUAUAGCACAUCACUGCUUCCGCAACCUGCACCACAUCCCUGUAUCUUUGGUGUGUGAAAAUAGAAAUUAUUGUGAAAAAUUAGUGAAUUAUGAACCGCUCAGACAACUGGUUAGGUGUAAUAAAUUUGUAUCUGCUGGUGAUUGCGGCAACAUAUGGCUCCACUCGUGCUAGUGAAGCUACAUCUCUAGUUGUAACGAGGCAAUUGUCUUGUGAUAAUUUGCUGUUGUCUCAAGUUGCUAUCAAUGCUUACGGAAAAUAGUGGUCCCUGUUGUUAUA